AUGAUGCUGUGGGAGUUGCGCAUGAGCACAGGCAUCACACUUCUGAACAAGAUGGUGUCUCCAUUCCAUUUCCGCUUUGUCGCAUACCAGUACGAAACCGACAGUAGCCAAAAGGGUGGAGUGCCCAGGUUCGACAAGAUACUGGGCAUGUUGAGACUGGAACACACUGAGAAAAUGGCUGUACCUCCAACCUAUGUUGACCUUGGGAAGUCUGCCAGGGAUGUUUUCACAAAGGGAUACGGCUUCGGGCUCAUCAAGCUGGACUUGAAGACAAAGUCUGAGAAUGGACUUGAGUUCACCAGCACAGGAUCUGCCAACACUGAAACCAGCAAAGUUGCUGGAUCCUUGGAAACUAAAUACAAGUGGGCGGAGCACGGAUUGACCUUCACAGAGAAGUGGAACACCGACAACACUCUGGGGACCGAGAUCACCGUCGAGGACCAGCUGGCCAAGGGACUCAAGCUCACAUUUGAUUCCUCCUUCUCUCCAAAUACUGGCAAGAAAGGCGGAAAGAUCAAGACGGGCUACAAGUGUGAACACAUAAACCUGGGCUGCGAUGUGAACUACGACAUCAACGGCACAGCCAUCCACGGCGCCGGCGUGGUGGGCUACGAGGGCUGGCUCGCCGGCUACCAGAUGACCUUUGAGGCCGGCAGGAACAAGAUCACUCAGAGCAAUUUUGCCGUUGGAUACAAGACCGAUGAGUUCCAGCUCCACACAAAUGUAAAUGAUGGCACCGAGUUCGGUGGCUCCAUCUACCAGAAGGUCAAUGACAAGCUGGAGACGGCUGUCAACCUGGCCUGGACAGCCGGGAACAGCAACACCCGCUUUGGCAUCGCCGCCAAGUAUCAGAUUGAUCCAGAUGCAUCUUUCUCUGCCAAGGUGAACAACUCCAGCCUUGUGGGUCUUGGCUAUACUCAGACACUGAAGCCAGGCAUCAAGCUGACACUUUCUGCUCUCCUCGAUGGCAAAAACAUCAACGCUGGCGGCCAUAAGCUUGGCCUUGGUCUUGAGUUCCAAGCGUAAAGGGAAGAAACGGACGCCCUUCCAGUCCUACCAGCACACCCAUUCCCUCACUGAAAAAUGAAAAGAAUCUAAAGCCUCUGUUGAUUACCCCCCCUCCCCCCAAUCACAAACCCGUCUACCCCCUUGACAUGUUACAGGUGGAAGCAAGGCAGCGUAAAGGUCAAAUUAUUCUUGCAAUGAUGUCCCUUUUUGUUUUUUUUAAGCCACCAAAGGGAAUUUAACAUAUUUGAAGUCCGAGAGCCCAGUUUAGAACAAAACUGCGUCAUGAAAUGGGAAGUUUGAUGCUAAGUUAUGUGGCUUGCAAGGGAAAAGUAGCCUUGAGUGCAUUCGUGUUGGCCUCACUUUUUCUUUUCAAUACACAAUGCUUUAAUUAGUGUCUCUCUACAUACCAUUGCAGUUCAAAGGGAAAGUCUAAACCAGAUCAGCCCAAAAUACAGAAAAGGGCUCAAAUCUGUUACCAGACAGUUGUGUAGUUACUCCACCAGAUGGUACUGUUGCCUAGCUAUAGUAAGCACUCCUCACUCGGUAAGUGUAGUGGUGAACCAAGUUUUAUUCAGAACACCUCUGCACUGAGCUCCUGUGUCUGUGUUGACAUAUUAUACACUGAGAAGGGUUAGUUGUCCCAGAUGUAAGCAGCUGUCAGUAGCUCUAUGAGACACUACAACCCAAUGUGUGCAUUCUGUGUUUUUGUCUCUCUUGUCUUUUGUGUCCGUGCAUUCGAUGUGAUUCAUGUUUUUUUUGUUACACAUAGUAAAGAAAGAAUAUUAUUUUAUUGAGGGUCUUGCAUAGCUAAAUCCACUAGAGAAGUCUUAGGAAGGCAAAUAUGCGUCACUCCUCCUCAGUCAGGGAAAAUAACUAGGAAAUCUGAUGCCGAACAUCUGAUGAUCAAAAGUUUGUGCUCUUUAGGAGGAGGAUUAUGAGGGGAAAAAAACAUUUCAGGAGAUGGUUGUCUUCCACAACUGGUUAUGGGAAUCAUGCUUAUUUUACUUGACAGUUCUGUCAUUCCCUGAACAAAAAUAAAGAACAUCAUCAACCAUUUGCGUUCCGUCUUGUGUACUUUUUUAAUAAUUUUUUGUUGCAUAUUAUCAUUCAACAUUUCCAGCCUGUGUCUGUAGCGUAUUUCCAUUAUACAGUCUUUACUGACAGCAUUCACAUAGACAUAAAACUAUUUAAAAAGCUUUUUAUUUAAAACAUUUUUUUUGGUUGACUGGACUUUUUUCGGCCUACAGAGAACACUGACAAGUGAUUACUUUGAUCAGUAAAAAGGGAAAAACUGUUUUUUCACGGGUAACUGGCAAAGAACAGAUGUGUCACUUCAAUCACACAACAAUUUGUCCCUAAAUAUCUGUUACAUUUUCUCUUACGUCCCAGCGGACAUCUCUGGUUUUGGCAUAAAUAACUAUUUCAUGACUGAACUGUCUGUAGGAGCCUCAUCUUACUGAGCCUCUGAAAACAUGAAAAGAUCCCCGUGUGACAGACAACAUCUUUAAGGUAUAUUUUUAAUACAGUAACUUUACACGUCUUGGAAAUUAUAAAGACUGAUUAGAUUUUUUGGGGGUGUUGAACAAAUUAAAACCCAUAUUCACAAGGCUUUAAGCCUUGCUUCACAACAAUGCAGAUGACCUAUUGUACCUCUACAAAACAGAUUAAUACCUUCUGUUUUUUAAUUGUUUCUACAGAUGUUGUAAAGGCACACACUUCUGUAGGCUGAUUUAAAGUUGAAUACAUCUACGCUUAUUUAGGUAUUUUUUUGUGUGAUACGUGGGUUUUUGGAAACCCAUGUCAUGUCAUGUGGGGAGAGAUGUUAGUGUCUGGAUUCAUCAUGUAUGUCCAGUUGGAUACAGGUACAAAACUCAAAGGUAAUGAAAUUCUGAUGCAAAAAAAGGGAUGGUUUCGUACAUACGAUGUCAAUAGUUUGGAUUUUUUAAAUAAA